CUCAAGGAGCUGUAGCUGUGAACACAAAAUGCCACGCGACUCGCCUUCUGAGCCAGACAGACUCACUACACCCUCGACUACCGACUGCGACAACAUGGAAUAGGGGGACUCGAGCUCUGAGAUAGCUGCAUUUACGAUGGUCUCGUUGUGGCCCUGGAAGGUAAGUCCGCUCAGCCACUGUUCAUAGCUGGUGGUAGCUAGGACUCUAGCACUCUAGGACUCUAGCACUUCAGCACUCCACUCUAGGGCUCUACUGACCAGACUCUCUAGGGCGAUGCGAAUUCGCCAGCCGAGUUUGAAAAGGCUCUGGCGUCACUGGCCGAAAAGAUCGCCAAUUCUCAGGCGCAGCUAGAUUUCCUGCGACAGCGUGGUCGACGAGCCAAAGUGCUAUGGACGCUCUACUCGGUCUUCGCAUACCUCCUUUGCGCCGUGGUGUUGGUGCUGGUGGUGGGGUGGAAGAACUGGUCCGCUGUGGAAUACACUGGCAUCUCGGCCAGUCCCUUGGUGUAGGUUGUGGUUGCGAUUGCGGCUCGAACAGAUACCCAUGCACAGAAGAAAUUACUAAUGAUCACAGUAUCUAUCUUGUGAGGCAAGCCAUUAACGCCUUCUAUACGUGGAGAAUUGACACGGUCACACAACGACUGGAGGACCGACAGUUGGAGCGCACGCAGACAAUAGACAAACUCAAGGCGGCCACCAAAUACAAUUCCACACAAGAACUACUUGAGAAAUACGGGGGGAUCACACCAGCUCCCAAACCUAGAAAGCUGAGAGCUCCGUCAUUGAAAAAGCCAAAACCGGCACAGAACCAGCCCCAGCGAACGGUAUCGGGUCCGCCACCACUAACUGCCAACAUCCCAAGACCCGGUCAAAAUCAAGUACCAACCCCAGUACAACGACCUUCGACCGCAAACAAUGUUCCCUUCAACAACAAUCAAGAAGCUGAAUUUCUUUUGUCUCCAAAUGCGCAAUCACAGGCUGGUCCUCCUGAAUUUGCUCCCAAUGCCUAUGCUGCCAGGCCACAAUAUGCGCAAGCUGCUGAACGAAACCCUGAGGGUAAAUGGUACGACAGAGUUUUGGACCUACUCUUAGGCGAUGACGAAACCAAUCCCAAAAACCGAAUAGUAUUGAUCUGCCAAAACUGUAGACUUGUCAAUGGACAAGCACCACCUGGGACCAAGAGCCCUGCCGAACUAGGAAAAUGGAGAUGUUUCGGUUGUGGGGGCUGGAAUGGCGAGGAAGAUGAGGCGGCGAAAGUGGUUCAAGAGAUCAAAGAAAGGAUCGAACAGAAAGAUCAGCCGGAAUCUAGUACUGAUGAAGGACAAAACUCAGCAGGUUCGGAUGGCGAGAAUGAUGCUGCCGAUGAAAAAACCACUUCUGAUGAGAUCAUGGAUACGAAAUCUGCGGAGGAUAUAGUUAAGGUGAAGGCGAAGAAAGGUCGAGCAAAGACCAACAGGAAGAAAGCCUGACCUGGAAAGGAGAGAAGACCUGGAGAGGAUAGAGAGGAAAUAGGAAUCAAUAGUAAUAUACCCCCCACCAUCACUGCAUGGC